AUGCUGUUGCAGAAAUUUCAGUAUGCCAUCUCGGAAUUGGUCAAAAAUGACGGAGUUGCGUUGCCGGAUGGGCAGCUUGUGACUUAUUUGGUCCAGGCAUUGAAGGACCCAAGUCUGAGUUAUGUUUGUGACACAAUUCGCACCAAUGCCACUUAUCGGAACAGUUUUCCGGAAGCGCAGCUUUUUGUGAAGACUUUUGUGUCUUCGUCCACGAGCAAAUCCGAAAACACGCCUCGACAGGUCAAUGAUGUGCAAACAUCAGGUAGUGGGGCCUCCGGUGGGAGUAAGAAAGGAGGUACCGGGAAAGGAGCCAGCAACCCGACUCCCUUCAAGGGUGCAGUCACGGCUCGCAGUUAUACUCCGGGAGAAUGGAAAAGUUUUUCCAAGGACCAACAGGAAAAAGUGCGAUCGCUGCGUAAUAAAAAGAAGCAAGGAGGGAAACCCGAGGAAUCAGAGAGGAGUGUUGACAGUGUAGCACGGGGUGAGCCUGUGGACACUAAGGAAGUCCAUACCAGCAGUGAAAUGGAACCGACUUCAGAUGCGGCUGGCCUGCAAUUUGGCCGUGACACAUGCGUGGCUGGGGCAAACACUGUCUUGAUUGGUGAAUCGCAGAAGUCCGUAACUGUGCGACCUUUCUCCGGUGAAUAUUCUGCACUGAAGAAUAUCCCCAUUGGAACGGUUGCCACAGCUUACACAGUACCAGAAGACGGGAGAGUGGUGCUUCUUAUUAUUAAUCAGGUCCUAUUCUUUGGGGACAGAUUGAAAAACACCCUAUUGACCCCCAACCAGAUGCGAGACUUUGGCAUUGAUGUUGACGAUGCCCCUCGGCAGUACGUCGCCAACUCCAAGCACUCUUUGUAUGUUCCUGACUCCCAACUUCGGAUUCCGCUGCAGCUGCGCGGUAUAUUCUCGUUUUUGGAGUCGCGGAAGCCCACGCAACAGGAACUUGACGAGUGUGAGCAUAUCAUACUCACCUCUGAUGUGCCGUGGGAGCCUUGCUCAACGGACUUUGCCCAGGUUGAAUUGUGCGAGACAAAUCUGGCGGACCGCCUUAUUUCCUGUGUUAAUGUUGCGUCGGAUGAUUACUGUGGAGACGGGUUGGACGGUAGAGCUGACUCGGAUGUGUACCCGGACUCAGAAGACUUCACUUGUGUCGUCUCAGUUUAUGAUGGGUCUAAGGAGCAGGGAGGUGGCAAACAUUGGAGAGAGAUUGAGCAGCGUCACCAUAUACAUCACCAUGUAACGGAGCCACACAGCCAGUGGCAGAAUCGAGCUGAAGGAGAAAUUCGUGAAAUUAAGAAGGCUGUUCGGCACCGACUGCAGGUUUCUCGUGCACCACGGCGCCUAUGGUGUUUUUGUUGUGAAUGGGUGUCGGCUAUCCGUCGAUUAACUGCUCAUGACAUUCCUGCGCUAAACGGUCGAGUUGCCACAGAGCUUUUGGAAGGGGACACCCCCGAUAUUUCUGAGUACGCGCAAUUUGACUGGUAUGAGCCUGUCUGGUUCAUCGACCCAACUUCUGCUUUCCCUGAAAUGAAGAAGAAAUUGGGCCGAUGGGUCGGAGUUGCAUCAGAUGUGGGACAGGCGAUGACUUUUUGGAUUCUUCCAAACCAUCGAAAAUAG